AUGAUCACGAAUUCCCCUCAGCUUCCACUCGACGCGAAAGAUCGUCCUGGCACGAACAUCGACAUCGACGCGCACCAGCUGGGAGUCACGCUUCCUGCGGCCGACCGAGAAGAUCUCCGCAAGCUGAACACGAAAGCCGAAGUGCGCACAUGGACACUCCUCAAGGCGGAAGAACACGAACGGCUUGCGCUCGUCUACCGCAGCAUGCACAACACCACCGUCACCCUCAGUAACACCUUCCCUGCCGAGCUCCUAUCCCUCAUCUUCGCCUUCGCAACCGCCCCAGAUGGAUCGACUCCGUCGGAUCGCAUGGCACUGCGGCUGUUGCGCAUUUGUCGCUGCUGGCGCGAGGUUGCGCUGGGAUGCUCCGAGAUCUGGGCCAACGCGCUUGACACUGGGACGUUUCACAUGGGCGAAAUCGGUGAGUAUGAGUACUUCCUCUUCGCCCUCAAGCUUUCCACCCCGCGCCAGCUUGGUUUCCACAUCUCGAGCUUUCCCCAGCAUUUUCUGAGCACCACCCUCCCACAGAACGCUUCCAGAAUCUCCAGAAUGACAAUCAAGAUCACGAGCGAAGACGUCUUCGAGCAGCUGUACUACGCCCUCAAGAGCGGGAUGCCUGUCCUAUGUGACCUUGCUUGCCCCGUG